AUGGAUGAUGUUGCGUACGAUUCACCGUCAACGAUUCACUGCUCUGAUGCUGAUGCUCAUCCUCCACUUCCUCGAUCUCCGAUCUCCUCCGUCAGAUCCAAGAUCGGAAAGAAUAAACUGAUGAAGGAAUUAGGCCAGUCUUCAUCCAAUGCUCUUAAAAAGUUAUCCUCACAAAUCAGGAAACCUUCUCGCCGUAAGACUUCUCCGGUCAACUGGUUCCCGCGCAAAAAAGUGGACUCCUUCUUGGAGAGGAAAAUUAAGAUGCUGCAGGGAGUAGAUGGAAUGAGUUUAACACUUGAUCAGACUCUAGGCAGUUCUAACCCGCAUUAUUCAAGAGUGUUGAGAGAGAAAAUGGCAGCUAGAGAAGCGGCAAACAAAGCAAUGGAGGCUCGAAGAGACGCUUUAGUGGAGGCCUCUUGGUGCCGAAUUUUACGUGCUGCUAGGAUUCCUAGUGAUGCCGCAGAAGCUCAACUCUUAAAGGCAGAAAAAACUGCCACGGAAGCUUUUGAGGCAGCUGAUGCCAUGGGCGUUAUCAUGUUUGACUUGCCAGAUUGUCCAAAAAAGCAUGGUCAAAUAGAGACCCCCUCUAUUAAGGGAGAAGGAUCACAUAUUCAUUCAUUUACUGCAUCUUUUGAAACUGCCUUUGAUGUAGACAAAGAAGUAGCUGCAGCAGUAAAAACUGCAUUUACUAAGCUUGCAGCACGCCCUUCAUUUAGUAAAGAUGAAUUCAAAGAGCUGUUGAAAAAAAUUAGUGAACACCCAGAUACAGAUGAAAGUCAUCAGGACUUAUAUGAGCUCUCUUCAGAGUAUGAAUCUGAGUCUGAGUCUGAGUUAGAUCCAGUGUCCCAAAAAAGUGAAAAUGAAUUCAAGUCUGAGUCUGAGUUAGAUCCAGUGUCCCCAAAAAGUGAAGUCAAGUCUGAAGACUUGGAUUCCAAAAUAUUAUUUCCAGGAAUUAUUGAGAGGAAAAGUGGGAGGAGACAGUCUCUUGAAAAUAAAAUAAAGCUUGUGGACAUGAUGAUUGAGAGGUUAAAAUGUUUGCAAGAAGAUGAACUUUCAUCUCUCGCAACUAUAGUUGCAACUUAUGGCCUAAAUGCUGCCUUGGCUGAAGUUCAUAAUACCAAGCAACACAAUCCAGCGAUUAAUUUUCCUGCAAGAAGAAUGUCGUCAUUGGGAUUGCGAAAGUCAGCCUUGGAUGGAACAUCAAGAAAGGAUCAAGUUGAACCAGAAUUACCAAGCCUAGAUAAAUUUUUAGUCAAGAACGUGACAAGACUUGAAAGAGAGAUCUGUGAAGCCAAGAAAAACCAAAGGAAUGAAACAAUACUAGGAAAGUAUAGCUCUGGUAAAUCUGUAGAUCAAACUCCAACGGAGUCCAUACCGGAUUUGGGAAGUAUUCUAGUGAAGAACUAUUCAAAAUUUGAGAAAGACAUCAAGGAAGCAAAAAUUAAGUCGGUAAAGGAAAAGCUAGGAGCAUCUAGAGGCAAGGAUCACACAGAAGUUCCAGGCUUAGACAAGGUCUUAGUGAAACAUGUCUCAAGACUAGAAAAAGAAGUUCAAGAAGCCAAAAAGAGAGCAAUCAAUGAGAACAAAAAUGAAGCAUUAGACAUGAAAGAAAACAUAAAUUUGAAUAUGAUAGAUGAAAACAAAGAUGGGUUGGAAAAGGUUUUGGCAAAGCCAGUACACAGAUUGGAAAAAGAGAAGUUGGAGGCAUUAGCACGUGGAAGCCAGGUUCUAAACUAUAGACAGAGAAAGAAUCAUGGAGCGACUAAUGUUGGGGAGUGGGAGAGCUUGGAUAAAGUUUUGGUUAAGCGUGCAUCUAGGCCAGAGAAGGAGAAAAUAAAGAUCAAUUCAGGGGAAGAAUGGGACAUAGUUCAGAAAAGUCGCCAAAAUAAGCAUUUGGAGACAAAUGAAGAAGGUAGUGGUUUGGACAAAGUUUUGGUUAAACAUAAAUCUAGACUUGAGAGAGAAAAGAUGGCUGCUGCAGCUCAACAGCAAGAGAACUCUGUUAGUUUAAGUACGGCUCAGACUCGCCGCAUGGCAAGGGAGAGAGAGUUGCAAGAUGCUUGGGGAGGACUGAGCUUAGGAAACUCCAUCAAGCCUAGUGUCUCAAAGGUUGAACAAGCUGCAGCUCAACAGCAAGAGAAGUCGGUUAGUUUUUCUGCAGCUCGCCACAGGGCAAAGGAAAGAGAGUUGGAAGAUGCUUGGGGAGGACUGAGCUUAGGAAACUCCAUCAAGCCUAGUGUCUCAAAGCUUGAAAAAGAAAAGGCUGACUGGAUUAAAGCUGAAGCUGAGGAAAGGAAGCAAACAAUGGAAGGAAUAAGAUGA